AUGUGUGUAGAUUCCGUAGAAAGUAAUCGAGAAGGUGGAGCAAUGUACAUUGAAACUUCGCCAUCAAAUCCUGAUGGAUAUGUACCGAAUAAUAAUUUAUUUGGUCCUUGGAUUGACAGCCCAACGCAGGAAUGUUCUGCAUCGUCUCCUGUUUGUGGUAAUAAUUGUGCACUUCCAUUAUCGUCACUUCACGGAUCAGAUUUCGUUGAUUGCGGAAACUGUCUCAAUUUUGAUCACUCGCUUAGUCUCACACAACCAAUUGGUACCCACACAAGUUACUGGAACGACGAGAUGAGUUCAUUCGCUAGUCUACCGCCACUUGAAAUGGAACCUUUGCCAAGUCUUUUUCCAUUCUCUCCUUGUGGUUCGGCUAGUUACAAUCGUCCUGAAAGACCUACGCAUGAUGUCGCAGAUGUUCUUUUAUCUCUUAAAAAUGCAGUUCUUAAGCCAGGUGUUGAUUCUCACUCAUGUCAUCAAUCUCAGUCGCUUCAGUCUUCAGGGAAUUAUGGAACAUCUCCAAAUGGCCUCUCAUAUACAGUUCACCACCCACAAAUUCUACUCUCACCUUCACCCCACCAUCAUUAUUAUCAAUGUCAUCAAAAUCAAGCACAGAAUGGAUACACUUCAAAUGGAUAUUAUGACUCAGGAAAUUCUUGUAAUGGCCAUCAACAUUAUCCAGGUCUUAGACCUAUGAGUGUCAAUGUAUCAAUGAACAUGACAAUGCACGGGUAUAGUGAUGGUCCAUGUUCUCAGAUGCAAUGGAAUCCUCCACCAAAUCCAACACCAUCUUCGUCAUCAUCUCUUAAUGUGUUAUGUCCGCCGCCAUUCAGUCCCGCUCAACCAUAUCCAGGUGCGACUUAUUCUUUCACCGCUGAUUUCCGGCCUACAGCCAAUGGCGGACACUCAAAUAACAAUGAAAUUUCAGCACAAGAAAAUAUCGAAGAGCCGUUAUUAGAACCAGUGAAGAGUUCAAACUCGCCACUUCCGGUUAUCGAACAGAAACCAUUUUUUCAAAACAGCACAUGUUAUGGCACACCAAAAACUUCACCAACAUCUUACGAGGUCAAACCAAAUAUUUCGUCACCAUUGAAGAAUCAACAAACGAUGGGAUAUGAAGCAGCAGAAGAUGACAGUAACAGUAAUGAUGAUGGGAGCUUAGGGAAACCUAAUCUAUGUCGAUUAUGUGGCAAAACUUAUGCUCGUCCAAGCACAUUGAAAACACAUCUCAGAACACACUCAGGUGAACGGCCGUAUCGAUGUCCCGAUUGUAAGAAAAGUUUUUCACAAGCAGCGAACUUGACAGCACAUGUUAGAACACAUACUGGUCAAAAACCAUUUCGAUGUCCUAUUUGUGAUCGACGAUUCUCUCAAAGUUCAUCGGUUACAACUCAUAUGAGAACACAUUCAGGCGAACGACCAUAUCGAUGCAGAGCUUGCAAAAAAGCUUUUUCUGACUCAUCAACUCUAACGAAACAUUUGCGUAUUCACAGUGGAGAAAAACCAUAUCAAUGCAAAUUGUGUCUGCUGCGUUUCAGUCAAUCGGGAAAUUUAAAUCGUCACAUGAGAGUUCAUGCUGGUACUGGAAAUUUAGUCCCAUGACAUAAAAACAUGAA